AUGGACAGUAACAGUUCCACCUGGAGCUCCAGUCUAACCGUCCCGGCCGAGUCGUUGACCGUGGUGCCUACUAUCUUCCCACGGAUUGGCUACAGCAUCCUCUCCUUCCUCAUGUUCAUCAGCACCGUCUUCACGGUGUUCAACAACGGGCUGGUGAUCACCGUGAUGCUGAAGAACCCGACCAUCCUGCAGCCGAUGAAUGUGUUCAUCUUGAGCCUGGCGGUGUCUGACCUCAUGAUCGGCCUGUGCGGCUCGCUGGUGGUCACCAUCACCAACUACAAGGGCUCUUUCUUUAUCGGACACGCUGCCUGUGUGUUUCAAGGAUUUGCCGUCAAUUAUUUUGGUUUGGUCUCUCUCUGCACGCUGACUCUGCUUGCCUAUGAGCGAUACAGGGUGGUCUGCACCCCAAAGGCAUGUUUCAAGCUCAGCAUGCGCAGAAGCCUCACUGCUCUAGCGUUCAUCUGGUCCUACUGUUUGUUCUGGGCCGUGGCUCCGCUGCUGGGCUGGAGCGGCUACGGACCUGAGGGGGUCCAGACCUCCUGCUCUCUGUCCUGGGAGGAGCGGUCUUGGAGCAACUACAGCUACCUCAUCACCUACAUGACCCUCUGCUUCAUUUUGCCCGUGACCGUCAUCAUCUUCUGCUACAUCAAAGUCCUCAAGUCCAUGAGCAAGCUGAACAGCAGUGUGGAGAGCCAGGGGGGCCGCAGCAGCCAGAAGGAGAACGAUCGCGCCAUCAUCAUGGUACUGUCCAUGCUCGCGGCUUUCUUCAUCUGCUGGUUGCCCUACACCAUCCUGUCUGUGGUGGUCGUGGUCGACCCAGACACUCACAUUCCUCCGCUGCUGGCCACCAUGCCCAUGUACUUUGCUAAGACCAGUCCAAUCUACAACCCCAUCAUCUACUUUCUCGCCAACAAGCAGUUUCGUGACGCCGCCCUGGAGGUGCUGUCCUGCGGCCGCUACAUCCCCCGAGGCCCAACAGUUCAGGUCCCCAUGCGCCCCACAAACAGGAGGAGCCAGCUGCUGUCAUUGAGCAAGAACUUCUCCACCCACGCUAAAGUGCUGCCUCUGUGA